CAAAUUAACAAAUAAAAAAGGGAAAUGUGUGUGGAAGACAAGUCUGGUGUUGGUGGAAUUUCGGAUUUUCACCUGCUAAGCAGCUAAAGACCAGAGCUCCUCCUCUUCAUCAUCAUCUCCUACUUGUUGCUCACCAUCUUCGUCCAUUCGUCGUCGUUUUAUCACACCAAAUCCUACUCCUUUCCCUUCUCUCUACACACGCACACAUACAUACAUACACACACCGACACUCCUCACAAUUCAUAUAAUUACCAAACCACCCUUCUCUCUACCGCUCUUUCCCAACACAUUCUUAGGGUUUGUGAACGAACGAUUGAGUCGAUUUGGUACUUGAAUUUCACUGUUCUAGUUCAGAAUCUAGCUUAAUCGGCUAAAAACAUUCAUACAGUGAAGCAAAUAUGGAUGCUGCUGAUUCAUGGAGUGCUCGUCUCUCUUCUGCUUCCAGGCGUUAUCAAACUUCUUUUCAAUCUCGAUCUGGAAUGAAAUGGGAGAAUCUUGAGGCGGAAAUGUUGAUGGGUUUUGAGGAGCUUGAUGUGGAUGAUGAUAUAAGAGAGGAGUUUCCUUGCUGCUUUUGUUCUGAGUAUUUUGAUAUUGUUGGGUUAUGUUGCCAUAUUGAUGAUGAGCAUCCUGUUGAGGCCAAGAAUGGGGUGUGUCCAGUUUGCACUAUGAGGGUGGGCGUUGACAUGGUUGCACACAUAACCUUACAGCAUGGGAAUAUCUUCAAAAUGCAGCGCAAGAGGAAAUCUCGCAGAGCUGGUUCUCAUUCAACACUUUCCUUAUUAAGGAAGGAACUGCGAGAAGGAAAUUUGCAGUCCCUACUUGGAGGGUCCUCUUGUGUAGUUUCUUCUACUAGUACUGCACCAGACCCCUUGUUGUCAUCGUUCAUUUUGCCGAUGGGUGAUGAUUUCAAGAGUACUCCAACGCAUUCUCCUGCUGAAACAGUCUCGGCCAAGAAAAACUCAAUAGUAGCUGCCUCGGAAAGAAAAGUGCAACAGCCCCCAAUGUCAGUCAAGGAUCAGGAGGAGAAGGCAAAGAGGAGUUUGUUCGUUCAAGGAUUGCUACUGUCCACCAUUCUGGACGAUAAUUUAUAAAGUCUGACAUGCCUGCCUGCCCAGGGUUCACCAGUUUACUGAUAAAGCCGUAUGUUGUGUGGUUUGUGAUCCAUAGUACUGCUCAUGGUGGCACAUUGUAAUCCAACCGUGGAAUAAGAUGUAGUAAUCCAUGUAAUUUAUCUUGCUUGUAGAAUUUAGUUGAUAGGCAGCAGACUUUUCGUGUAUCUUCUUUAUUGCAGCUCAUGCUACCAUAAAGAGUAUAAUAAAAAUGUUCAAGUUGGUGCUUUACUGCAA